GCCAACCAAUUCAACAACCAAUUCAAUCGAAUCAAUCUCAUACACAUACAGCUAGCCAUUAAUUUGGGAAAUCUUCAAAAUGGCUGCUGCUAGCAUUCAACCAGAUUAUUCCGCUUGGCAAGAGGAACAGGCGAAGAGAUUGGAAAUAGAAGAUCUUCUAGCACGUAAGGAGCAAGAAAUUCCCAUUGCUGGUGGCUUGUCUCAAGGAAGUCUGGUUUCAUUGGAUAUGAAAAGAGAUGAAUGGGCAGCUGUAAUGAAGGUCAUUGUCGACGCCAUAAACGAACACGGUCGAAUAAUUGACGAUGCCGGUAUCCAAUUCAUUAGCGAGCAAUGUAUCAUAAUGAGGGAUAUGAUUGUGGAAGGACAUCAACAAUCCAUGUCAUACCGAGCUAAAGGUCGUGUAUGGCGUGGAUUACGAAAUCGUUCCGAACAAUAUAUCUUGGAAUUCAGAAGAGCCACACAAUAUUACUUCACAAAUCAAAAGCAGAAUCCCGAUCAAGAUAUGGAUCCGGCUAUAUUCCAAACAGCUGUUGCGGAUUGGCAUGCGGCCAUAACUACGACUUUAAGGGUUCUUCGUGAAGCUUUGGGAGAGGAAGAGAGUCAAAGAGAAGCUGAGGAUGUUGAAUAUGAUUCAGAUAAUCAAGAGCCUGUCAUUAAUUUAAGGCGUAAUCAUAGUACACCUCAACAAUUCAGCAAACUUGUCCAGGAAGUUAUUGAAAUGGUGGAACUCGCAAAAACCGUAGCAGGGAGUGGUAAUGCGAGUUCUAGCUACGAUCGAAGAGUACAGAAAGAGUAUAUAAGAACACAAGAGGCGCUAAAAGAAGUUUCGGAAAGAAUGGAAAAGUUGGAAAAAGAAAGGAGAGAUUUCUUCAUGGCUCGUGGUACCCGUCCACCCGAUCAAGACUGUGCUAGAGAGGUAGCAGAAAUUGAGCGAUUGGACAAGGAAUUGAAAGCUUGUCGGGAAAAAUUGGAAGAACUUACAAAUCAAUGUCGUCAGCAAACCGAAUACAUCGAUGCAGUAGCAAGAGGGUUGAAACCGGCUUCGGAUGGUCCAAAACCUGGAGUUCUAUUGUCUGACCAGGCUUUUGAUGAACUGUGCAAACAUUUCGAAAGUUAUCACGAAAAUGCAGCAGGAUCAGAAGCUAGAAACAAACAGCUAGAGGAAAGUUUGAGAAACGUUAUCCUUCAUCCAGACGAUAAGAAUAAGCAAGAAUUGGACAAGAAACUCAGGGCUGAGAUAACUGCCGCAAAUCAAUCCCUAAGCGCAAAGACUCAACUUGUUGAGGAUCUACGAUUAGAGAUACGUCAGAUGAUAAGAGAACGAGCAGAUUUCAUAAAUGAAUCUUUAAGACACACUGCAGCUUUGAAAACGAUGACGGCCCAGAGAGAUAACUGCAUGAAAGAGUUGGCAGCUUCCGAAGCGAGAGUGGCUAAUAUUGUAAAGGUCGAAGCCGCCGGAGCCGGUACCUUUUCGGAGAAAGAAAAGACAGAUCUAGAACAACAGUUGAGAGCUAUCAUGGAUGAAAAUAUGCUUCACGAAAAGAAUAUUCACCUUUGUAAAGAGACUAUAAAAGAUCUCAACGCAGAUAUUGCUGCAAGAGAAGCGAAAAUCAAGUCAUUGACGGUUAUGCUUAAUUUUGAUGACGACAUAAACAAAAAUCGUCAGGAAAAACAAGAUCUCAGAGAGAAAAUUAUCGCACUUGAGCAUUAUAUCGAUAAUGAGCUUGCUAGACAAGCUAUGGAGAAUUAUGUCAGUCCCGAUGAUCCAGACGAUCCAGAUGAUCCAAAAGAUCCAAAAGAUAAGGCAGACAUUACGGCUCAAAGAGCAGAGAUAGCUCGUCUCAAGAAGCAAUUGGAAACAGAGUCUCAGACUGCCAAAACCCAGAUUGAAAACCUUGCGGCUCAAUUACAGACAGAAUCCAAGACUGCGAAUCCCGAACUUGCAAAAUUCAAGAAGCAAUUGGCCGAUGCAAUCAAUGAACGACACCAAACCCUAUUACAGACCAACGCUAAUCGAGAUGCGGCAAAAAAAGAAAGUGAGGAAGCCUUGGCAAAAUGCGAGGCUCGACGAAUUGCGGCUGAGAAAGAACUUAAUGAUAACUUACAAUCAGUUAUAAAUGAACGAAAUGAGGAAAAGAAGAGGACUGAUGCGGCUUUGGCAAGUGCUGAUGCGGCUUUGGCAAGAGCUAAUGUGGCUUUGAAAAAAUCUGAUGCGGCUUUCACAAAACUCGAUGUGACUUUGGCAAAAUCUGAGGCUCGAGUGGCCGAGCUAAAGGUUGAAAGUGACGAUAUCAUAGCAAAAGCUGAGGUUCAACGAGCUGAGGCUAAGAAAGAAAGUGAUACAAUAAUCGCAGAUUUACGAAUAACAAUCAACGAGUUACGAAAACAAAUCACUGCCAUAAACAGUGUAAAUAUUGGACUCAGGACAACCAUGCAAGAGCAAAUCGACGCUCUAACGAAGGAGAACAAGGAACUGAAAGAAAGAGAACCAGCUGCGGAUGCUGCUAAUGGCCCCCUUUCCAAGGCCCUCGAUGACCUUGAGAAUAGAGAUUUACGAAUCGCUCUUUUGGAUGACCAAAUCUCGGAUGCUAGCAUAAGGCAUGAACAACAAAUCAAAGACAUCCAAGCAAGACUUGAUGAAGCUAGAUUAAAUGCUAAUGGUAUCUCACCGCAAGGUCUAAGAGCAUUGAGAAGAACUUUGGCCGAUUGUCGAAAAAAUCAUGAUGAUGAUCAAAUAACCAUUACGAAUCUAGAAGCGGAACUUGAUGCUUGUAUGCGAAGAGGACAGCAUCAACUUCGACAAUUGACGGAGUAUGCAGGUCUUCAUCAACAUGAUGAUGGAGGAGCUGCUGCUAGAGAAAGAAUCGCUGAGCUUGAACUUGAGAAUACUGCAAUCGAAGAAGAGUUGAAAAUUGCAAAGGCCGAAAGAGAACAAAAAGCGGAAGAAGAUCGAAAGAAAGCGGCAGUAGCACAUCAAAAAGAAUUGGAUGAUGCUGCGGGUGAUGUAGAUAUAGAUAUUGAAAGUGUUGCAUCACAUGAUUCCAACGAAGAAAUUAACAAGCAACACAUCGAAAGGCUCCGAAGACAAGCGGAAGAUCUCAAGAAGCUCAAAAAUCAGAAUCUUGAUAUGGAAAUACAACUCAAUGUUUCGAAGAGGACUGUGACAGCUCUUCAAGCCCAACGUAAAGAUCUUCAAGAUAAAUUAAGAGAGUGUCGAAAACAUACACAAGAACUGGCUGCUCGUCAAACUGAACUCGAACCAGGAGCUCCCGACUUUGCAGGAGAUAAUUCUCAAAGAAUUACAGAGCUCGAGGCUCAAGUUUCUGAUUUGGAAGCUCGAAUUGCAGCAGCCGAAGAAACUAGUGCCACUCUUCAACUACAGAGAGAUGCAGCAAUUGCAGAAAAUGAAGGAAAUAAACAAGAAAUGGCUGAUCUUCAAACUGCUCACGACAUAAUGGCUGGCGAGGGCCCUAAACUUGGAUUGAAACGUAUCAAGACAAGAAUUGCUCUUCAAGCUAAAGCAACCAAAGCUAGAAAUAUUGCAGCGAGACAAGCACAACAAGAAGCAGAUGAUGCUGCGGCAGCUAAAAAGGUCGAGGAUGAAGCUAAAAGAAAAGCUGCUGAACAGGCUAAGAAAGACGCGGAGAAGAAACCAGAUGACCAUAAUCACGGUGACAAUCAACCUCCACCGCCACCGCCACCGCCAGGAGCUGGAGCUGGAGCACUGGCAGUUGCACCAGCGGGAAGUGGCAGCGGUAACAAUGAAGCGGAAAAGGCGAAAAAGAAAAAGAAAAAGCCACAGACGAAGAAGGAAAAGGCGGAAAAGGAAAAGGCGGAGAAGGAAAAGGCGGAGAAGGAAAAGGCGGAGAAGGAAAAGGCGGAGAAGGAAAAGGCAGAGAAGGAAAAGGCGGAAAAGGAAAAGAAAAAGCCACAGACAAAGAAGGAAAAGGCGAAGAAGGAAAAGGCGGAGAAGGAAAAGGCGGAGAAGGAAAAGGCGAAGAAGGAAAAGGCGGAGAAGGAAAAGAAGGCGAAAAAAUCCAAAGGAUCAAGUAGUGCACCUGCGCUGACUCCUAUCAAUGAGGAAGAGGAGGAAGAGGAGGAUGCACAAGGUUUAAAUACUUCGGACUUUGAAUCGGAGUCUAACCCCCAAAAUAAGGGGGCCGCUGAGAAUGAUUCUGAUUCCGAUGCGUAUUUUCAGAUCGCAGGAUAUAGUGCGCAACCACGGAAGUCGAGUUUCAUCAGCAAAAAGCCAGCUUCGAGACCAAGGGUCACAUUUGAUGAAAAGAAAGAUAUUGUGGAGCCUGAAAUUGAACAGGAAGAUGAGAGUGAUGAAGAAGAUGUGGAUCUUGAAGAUAAAGAUGAAGAUGAAGUUAUAAGUAUUGAAGACGAUACGGAUGAGCUAUGGGACGACACUGUAGAUCUGGAGCCGGCUAAAAAAGAGGCGGACACAACCAAAGCGAAGAAGAGCUUGAAAAGGGCUUCACCACUUUCCAGCACGCGGUCAGGUAGGGGGAAGAGAGGCAAGAGAUCGUAAGAUGCAGUUUGUGAUUUUUUGUAAUUUGGCUGCUAUUUGAAGUUUCGUAGUUUUGGUGGCGUUAUUGGCCAUGGUGUAGGGUUCAUUCCAGUGAAGAAUAGUAGGUGGUUUAUACUCAGGAACACAAUUGAAUGUACACUUUUCCAUUUUCUCGCACACUCUAUGAAUUGUAUCAAAAUCUAUGCAGACCAUCUUUUAUUUCCUUGAUUCCAGACUUAAGAAACUAGGCCCAAUUACCUUUGCCGAAACACUCGACGGAAUGAAUGUAUGGCGUUUCAAGAAGUCGAUCGGUUGGGCUUUGGGUGAAUUUUAGAGAUGGCAUUUCGCAUUAUCAAGUCGUCCCCGUCUUGUGAAAUGGAGGAAGCUUGUGUCUGGUCAAAAGCUUUCUUCAGUCAAAAAUUCCGUUCACUUGUAGGAUUAAACGGUAGUUUACUCUGGUACCACUAGAAGUGGAUUGAUUUACUCUCGUGCUAUUUAAGAGUUAGCGCGCCCACAAGUUAGAAAGAAGGGGGAUAAAGAGAGGUGAAAAGUAGAAUCCAAGAGGAAAUGUCGAUUUAAAUAAAUGUGAAAAUCGGCUUUUGGCUACGUGAAAUCGUAAACAAACUCUGAUGGAAUCA